AUGAUUCAAGGCAUCUUUUACGCCCGAUUCUUCCCCAAAGAAGGGACCAAGAUCGUGGCGCAGAGCCCUCCCGGCUGCAUCGUGCCUGUCCCCGGCUCGAGCACCACCAAGCCGCCACUGUUCGACUUCAGCGUGCUGCAGGAGUACAUCAUCCCGCGCCAGGCCUUCUGCAACCGCUACAUCACCGUUGCCGACCCAGAGGGCAAGUACUUUGUGCUCGGAUUCCCUGUGUCCAUCCCCAGCCCGCGCUAUGACCGUAACGAGUUCAUCUUCAACUUUGGGCUGGUCGUCGAGAGCGACGCCGACCAGGUGCCCUACGAGCCUGUCGUGCGCAGGCUCGCCGCGACCUUUUCCGAGAUGGAGAAGCAGAGCGGCUAUCUCAGCCAGGACGAGGAUUCUGCGGAGGCGAACCAGACCAGGCGGCCGAUUGAGUCGCUGCUGGAGAUCGUCAAAGAGGACCUCAACAACUACGGCGAGUGCAUGAUUCCCGUAGACGACGCCAACACGAUAAACAUGAAGCUCUUCCCGCACCAUCCCACACCCCCCGAAGUCAAAGGCUGGCACGUGCCCGUCGCCAAGAUGAAGUUCGCCGACGUCGUCGACCCGACCUGGGACCUGACGCUGCAGCGCGUCAUCGCCCACAUCGACGGCGUCUCGGACGUGCGCCGCAUCGCCUUCCUCGCCGACGUCUCGCUCGAGCUCACCCAGCUGGCCCUGCGCCACCUGCUCUACUACGACACCAUCCUGCUGCUGGACAUGUUCUUCUUCGGCGCCUGCUACGCGCCCCGCCCCGGCAUCCACGAUUUCAUCGCCAACGUGGGCGGCAUGGUCGACGAGUGCGCCAACUACGUCUGUGUCGGCGCCAGCUACAGGAGCGGCGCUCAGGGAGUCGGUCCUGGCGUCGGCGGAGCGGGAGCCGGGUCCAUGUCCGAGCACAGGCAUGGGCAUGGGCAUGGGCAUGGGCACGGUGAGCUGAGCGCUGAAGGCAUCACCGGCGCCGACGGCGACGGCGACGGCGGCCACCCGAGGGACGCCGCCCACGGCCACCGCGUGUCCAACUACAUGCUGAUCAAGCUGAUGACGACGUUCUGCGUCGGAAAGACGGUGAUGGAGUGGCUGAAGGGCCACAUGGACGCCGGGUUCGACGUGCUACGCUUCGUCGACGUGCGGCGGCUGGUCCAGUUCGGCUUGAUCAAGGGGUGUCUGUACCGCGUGCACAAGUACGUCGUGUCCAAGCAGUACCUGGCGGCGCUGGCGACGGGCCAGGCGCGACCGGUCGCGGGCGGCGAUCCUCUGCAGAAGUACACGGAUGGCUGCCAUACGUUUGACCAGAUCAUCACCGAGCAGAACUUGACGGAUGCCGAGAUCAUGGAUAAGUUGAAAAGCUUCCCCGCCCCGGCGGGAGACUUGACGGUUCUUUAUAGGUAG